AUGCAUCCAUUACGCGCAGAGUUAGAGCUUGCCCAUUUUGGGCGGGCACAUUUUCUCUCCUGUUCUGCAAAAACUCGCCGGAUACGCUCUGUCCCAUUCUUACUUUUUAUCGAUGAAUUCGGGGCCCAUCGAAAUAUGUAUCGAGCAUUAAAAGCAUUUUACUUGAUUCCUGCUGGCCUCUCAUAUUCUGCACGUCGGCAAGUAGGAAAUCUGUUUACGCUAACACUUGGCCCGCAUGGUGCCGCUGUCGAAGAUGUGAUUGCCUCAUUUCAGGGGAGCUUCAAAGAUCUUAUUAGCGCUUUUAUUAUGGCAUUUACUGGUGAUAUGCCCCAGCAAGCAAAAAACAGUGGGGCAUUAAACCAUAAUGCAAGAUUUGGUUGCCGAUUUUGUUAUUGUUCAAAAGAGCAACGAGCUGACUUAACUUUUGAUACUGUUCUGAAGGGGCGAUAUCAUUUUGAUACAAUUCAAAAGCUUGCUGAAGGACAUCGAUAUUCAACAAAAACAGAGCGUCAAGAGUUUUUUACUAAAUAUGGACUAACAGGUCAACAGAUCCCUCUUCGAGAAUUAAAUCCUACCUUAGAUGUAGUUCUCAGUCGUCCGCAUGAUGUACCUCAUUCUGAAUGGAAGGGCCUCGGCAUUUAUACAGCCAUAUAA